AUGACUUAUGAUUACAAAACACAUACGGCUAUUGAUAGAUGUGCAAACAGAGACUGUUUAUCAAUCUCGACUGUCAAGAGUGAAUUUGAUACCACACUAGCCUUCAAUGGACUCGUCAUGAGUUAUUCAGCUUAUUGCUUUCCCGAACCUACCUCCACAUGGUCCUGUCCAACUGAAAACGAAAAUGAUUCCUGCGGUAAUCCCCAGUCAAGUAAUUUCUUCACGUCAGGUUUUAACUUCAUAUACCAAGAAACUGUUUCAGACAGUCUCUUCUACGUUGCUCAACGUGAUGGCAACUAUUAUUUAAUAUUCAGAGGAACAAGUAAUUUUGUAAAUGACAUGGAAGAUUUGGAUUUUACUGGCCAAACAGCAUUCCCAGAUCCAAAUGGUAAUGCAAAGGUAUCCAAUGGUUUCCAUCGUGCUUGGAAGGGAGGAUUUACUGUAGCUCCACCUAGAUAUAUAUAUGAACUUCGUAAACCUGUUAUGGAUGCCCUUUCCUAUGCUGGUGUUGAUUCAAAUUCUGGUUUGACCAUUGUCGGUCACAGUUUUGGUGGAGCUAUGGCUACUCUUGCAUCAAUAGAUUUCGCCCUUUCAAAUGAUUAUGGACCCAUUACUACUUAUACCUAUGGAUCCCCAAGAGUUGGCAAUGAAGAUUUCGAGGUGCUCUUUGAUACCACUGUCAAUAUUGAGACUAGUUACAGAGUGGUCAACUAUGAGGACACCAUUCCUCAUCUCCCAUUACCCGCUUUCACCCUCUUUGGAUCGGAUGCCACCUACUCCCAUGUCAGCACUGAAGUGUGGCUUUACGACUAUUCAGACGAUCAAUAUCAAUUCCCUGUAUACUACGAAUGUCCAAUGACCGAGCAACCCAACUGUUCCACCGGUAGCUCUGUUCCAUGGGCCCAAUUUGACAAUAUGGACUCUGUCAUGUAUUACCACAGAAGAUAUUUUGCCUUUGAUUUGCUAACCUUCUGUAGUGGCUGGAAUUCAGGUCUUGAAGAACUCCAACACCCAACCAUCUCGCUCAAUAUUACCAGACAUUGGAUUGCAGGAGGUUACAACUACACCAAUGUAGUUGGUACACUCACCAACGAAGGACCAGUCGAUAUUGUCAAUCCAGUGUUUAAAUCCAAUCCAAAUAUCGUGCCUGUUGCUGGUGUAUGGGGACUCACUCCCUCAACUGUAAAUGGUACCAUCCACUGGCGUCUCACCCCAGUGAACGGAGUUACUCCAAUCAUUCCACCUGGUUCAGAAUACGUAUUCGCUUUCACCAACAAUUCAACUGCUACUUAUUCAUUCACAAGAAUCCAAUAA